AUCUUAGACUUUUAAUCUUCUAGAAGUUCCCACUGGGCCAGAUACCAAGACCUUAUUCUCCCCUCUUCGCUCCUCCGCGCCUUCGCCACCGCCGGUGCUACCCCGAUCCCUACCGUUGCCGCCGAUCGCUCCAAAAGAGGCCGCUUCAUCGGUGCUGUCGCCAACCGUGGGCGAUCCUGCGGUCAGAAAAAUCGAAUUGCAAGUCGUAGCCGGCGACGGUGACAGUAGAGGGGGAGAACCCGAGGAGAACGAAGGGUGUUCAGACGAGGAUAAAAAGAAGAUGAGCGGGAUGUCCAUGUCUCAGAAGCUGACGCUGGGUUAUGCUGCCCUCGUCGGAGUGGGCGGAGUCAUGGGAUAUGUCAAGAGGGGGAGCCAGGUGUCAUUAGCUGCUGGAGGGAUAUCGGCCACUCUACUGUAUUAUGUGUACACACAACUUCCAGUAAGACCAGCUUUUGCAUCAUCCCUAGGGCUAGGUAUAUCAGCGGCACUACUGACCGUUAUGGCUUCUCGCUUCAAGAAGUCUGGGAAGAUAUUUCCAGCAGGUGUUGUAUCUCUCGUGUCUUUAGUCAUGGUUGGUGGCUAUUUCCAUGGAAUUCUACGUAGCACGCAUGCAUGAUAACCUGCUCUCGGUGAACUCUGGCCUGAUGCUUGUUGUUUCAGAUGAUCCUUUUUGUGGGUCUGUGGACCACUGUUUUUAUGAUAACCAGUAGCCUGUUAUCCUUUUCUUUGAUGUGGUGACAGUCACUCUGCUGUUAAAAUCAAUAUUAUACUUUGGGAUGACUAGGUGCUUUUCAUAACCCAGACAUUACUGUUGUGGUUGGUUACUUUAUAUUUCCAAAAAUUUGCUGCUGAAGGUUUUUACUUGUA